CCCCGCGCCCCAUGAAUGUUACAAUGGAGUUUGGACUCAACAAGGCCAUGUCCUAUUCGUGGGAAUGAAGUGAUGGCUUCUGUUUCAAGCAAUUCAUCUACCAGUUUUGCGGGGAUGACUGGGUUAUUCCGGGGGAUGAUCUAUCAGUCCAGUCACCGAGGUCGGAAAAGUAAGCCAGGUGCAGCGCUCGAGACGUUUCCGCCGCGGGUGGAUUCUUCGCAAUGCCGUCGGUCAAUACCGUUUCUUUGCCGAGUUUUUCGACUGGCUAGCUGUGAAAAACUUGGGAUCCCCAUUCAUCUUUGCGCCAUGUUAUGGAGAUGCCAAGUAACAGUCUUCUCUAAGAUUCAUCCCCGCAUGGUCGACCGGAGAAGCCAAGCCUCUCGUCCCACAUCGGCAGCCCACGAACAUUAUGCCCCACGACCGAGUUGAACAAUCUGAAAAGCCGGAGCCGAGUAGCGAUGGCUGGCCCGAAACCCCGGACUUGGCACCGACAACUUCCAAUGCGGAGAAGAAUGGCAGCAUUGUGCCGGCUGUUGACGAUAACGACGCGCGCCUAAGCCGCCAAGACACCGAAGCCAUUUACAACAGGUUCACGCCAGCCAAGAAGAGGCUCGUUACCGCGGUUGUGGCUUGCGGUGGGAUUGCCUCGACGGUCUCUUCCUUAUUGCUUCUGGCUGCCAUCCCCGAAAUCGCAGCUGAUCUCAACACAACGGGAACCACCAUCAAUAUCAGCAACGCCAUCUACGUUUUGUUCAUGGGCAUUUGCACUCUCUUCUGGGGUCCCAUCAGUCAAGUUUACGGUCGGAAAUGGCCCUGCAUUAUCUCAGCAGCUACUUUCUUUGCCUUUAAUGUAGGAACUGCUUUGUCACCAAACCUCGCAGCAUUCUUCGUCUUCCGUAUGUUCUCGGCGUUUACGGGAACAGCGUAUCUUGUGCUCGGCUCCAGCUGUAUCAGUGAUAUCUACAAGCCCACGGAGCGAGGCACCGCACUCGCAUUCUUCCUCAAUGGCACCCUCAUCGGCCAGAGCUUUGGGCCAUUCAUUGGUGGUGUUAUGGUCAACUUCCACAGCUGGAGAUCGCUUUUCUGGUUUCAGUCUGCCCUGGCUGGACUCACCGCAAUCCUGGCAGUGUCAUUCCUCCCAGAAACCAGCCACCGGAUGCGAGUCGACGAGCUGAAGGCCUUAAGUACUAAGGCGAAGGUGGCGCAGGUCUGGGACUGGGCGAACCCGUUCCGUGUACUUGCUCUCCUGCUGAUCCCUAAACUCUUUGUGGCUGCAAUGGCUGCUUCAGCUUUGGUGUGGAACAUGCAAGCCUUGCUCACUCCCAUCCGAUACGUCAUCAACCCCAGGUUUCACCUGACGUCGCCGCUCGAAUCAGGACUAUUUUUCCUAGCACCAGGAUGUGGCUUCUUCUUUGGUACGUACGCCGGAGGGCGCUGGGCAGACCGGACCGUCAAGCGCUGGAUCAAAAUCAGGGGUAGGCGAGUCCCCGAAGACCGUCUGAGAAGCUCAUUCGUGGCAAUGGGAGCCGUGAUCCCUAUCUGUAUUAUCAUUUACGGCUGGUCCAUUGAGAAGGCAGUCGGUGGGAUCCCUCUUCCGGUCAUCUGCAUGUUUAUCCAGGGCUUCGCCCAGGUCAUCGCGUUUCCCAGCAUCAACACGUACUGCUUGGAUGUGUUCAAAGGCAGGAGCGCCGAAGUUAUAGCGGGGAACUACUUCUUCCGAUACGCUGUUGCAGCGGUUGGUACUGCUGCGUGUUUGCCUGCUAUCCAAAGCAUUGGUGUAGGCUGGUUCAGUACAAUCACUGCCCUGUUCGUGUUCUUUGCCGCGGUUGCUGUAUACUGUGUCGUUAUUAUUGCCUCAAAAGAGGACGUUAAAGAUAACGAAACUGUCUGAAGUAGAAUUACGGCUAGAUCUAAUGAGACCACGUGGUAUGGAUGAGAUGACGAUUCUUGGCUCAUCUAGUCUCAAGACGACUUCUGCGUUGAGUUUCACUAAGCCGGCUCAUCUCUGAC